GGUGGUUUGCCCACUAAUGAAAGAUCGCCUAUUGGCCUUCAAACGCCGUUCAUUCUCCAACACACCUCGGGCUAGUGAGGCCAUUGGGGUAUGGAGUGCCCCAAGAUAGCAUCGACGCCUUUGCCGAGUACCCUUACAGAUAAACAUACAGUACUUGUAAUUGACUUCGCGUGAGCCGCCAUCGGAAAAGGAAUUGCGAGAUCUUUGCAGCCGCCGGGUCCCAAGAUCAACCAACACACUGCUACCAUGGGUUCCGCGGGAGACCACACCCUGUUCGACGCAAAUGUCGUCCCUCAAGCCCCCGAAGAUCCCCUCUUUGGGUUGAUGGCCGCAUACAAAAAAGACACAUCAGACAAGAAGGUGGAUUUGGGCAUUGGUGCAUACAGGGACAACAAUGCGAAGCCUUGGGUGUUACCGGUGGUGAAGAAGGCAGAUGAGGUACUACGGAAUGACCCUAACUUGAACCAUGAAUACCUGCCCAUCGCUGGUCUCUCAGAGUUCACUUCAGCCGCCCAGAAACUCAUUCUGGGUCCAGACAGCCCCGCUAUCAAAGACUCAAGAGUCACCUCUCUACAGACCAUCUCGGGCACAGGCGCCGUCCAUCUAGGCGGCCUGUUCCUCGCAAAGUUCCUAUCGAAACCGACCCCAGCAAUCUACCUCUCGAACCCAACAUGGGCCAACCAUAAUCAGAUCUUCACCAACGUGCACCUAUCCAUCAAGCAAUAUCCAUACUUCUCCGCAAAGACGAAGAUGCUCGACCUAGAAGGCAUGCUGUCAACUCUCAAGUCCGCUCCGCAAGGCAGUAUCGUCCUACUGCAUGCCUGCGCGCACAAUCCUACCGGCGUAGACCCGACGCAAGACCAGUGGAAACAAAUUGCCGAGGUCGUCCGCUCGAACAAGCUCUUCCCCUUCUUUGACUGCGCCUACCAGGGUUUCGCAUCCGGUGACUUGGCCAAGGACAACUUCGCGAUCAGAUACUUCGUGGAGGAAGGCUUUGAACUCGUUAUCGCGCAGUCCUUCGCCAAGAACUUUGGUCUGUACGGUGAACGAGCAGGCGCAUUUCACUUCGUCGCCAGCCCGGGAUCCAGCGCCCAGGACGUGGUGAAGCGCGUCGGCAGCCAACUUGCCAUUCUGCAGCGGUCGGAGAUUUCCAACCCUCCUGCCUACGGCGCGAGGAUCGCCAGCAUCGUGCUGAACGACGAGGCGUUAUUCAAGCAGUGGGAGGAGGACCUGCGGACCAUGUCCGGGCGCAUCAUCGAGAUGAGGAAGAGCCUGAAAGCCGAGCUGGAUAAAUUGGACACGCCGGGCAAAUGGGACCAUAUCACGAGCCAGAUUGGCAUGUUUUCGUUCACAGGACUUACCGAAGCCCAGGUCCUGGGUAUCCGCGAGAAGUGGCACGUCUAUAUGACGAAGAACGGCCGGAUAAGUAUGGCCGGGCUCAAUACGAACAACGUCAAGUACUUUGCCGAAGCCUUGGACGAUGUCGUUAGGAACGUCAAAUAGGAAGAGAGCAAGUGGAGGAAAUUGAUGGCACGGGGAAAUUCAGGAGGGUCCGAAUGUUGUGCAUUAGGUGCUGGAGUUCAUUCCAUCUGAGCCUGCCAGGUAUCAUGUCACAUGUCUCGCUCCGAAGAGCAGGGUGGACGUGCAUCGACACAUUUCACAAAUCAAGGGUGGGUACUGCAUGGUGGGAUCUUGUCUGACCACCACCUCACAAGAAAGAUCUCGGUAGCUAUGCUGGCCACACGAUCUCACGAAGAGGAAGAGCAUUGGUCUAUGACGAGAUUGGGACACAUAUAGGAAAGUGAAGAUGAUGGCUGCGUGGCCAUCUGCUCUGAAACAACCGGGGCA